CAAAAGCAUCGCAGUAAUGGAGCCUCACUCCUAUACGCGAGACAAUGAUUUCUUCAUCGACGUCAAGCCGCUUUACCUCCGAGCCGAGGGCACUCUUUUUUGCGUACCUCGUCAUUACUUUGAGAAGUCCGAGGUGUGGGAAGGACUGUUUACCCUUCCGGCGACGUCCGAUUCGCCUCGAGAGGGAUCAAGCGAGGACUACCCUCUUUUCCUAGAGAGCAUCAAAGCAGACGACCUCAGGGAGUUCCUGAGAGUCUUGUCUUGCAGGCUUUUAGCAGCUGGUGACGGCACCUCCAUACGAUUCAUACCUACCUCGUGGUUACCUGUCCUCAAGCUCGCGUCCUUGUGGGACUUUCCGAAGCUAAGGGCCCUGGCCCUUAAGUAUUUGAAAUCACAGGAUUGCAUGACUCGUCUUCGCAUAUCGAGACAAUACGACGUUAAGGAGUGGUUCUUGCCUGCACUGAAGGAGGUGGCGGUGCGUACAGAACCACUCACCAUGGACGACGUCAAAGAGCUUGGCUUGGAAUUCGCCCUCAAAGUGAUGGCGCUUCGUGAGAAGGCUCGGGGCGCACCAUGCAUAGCAAGCGAUUUGCACGACUAUGAUAUUGACCGGAUACUAGGAAAGGAGACGUAGAGCUAGCUUGUAUAUGUACGGUAUUGUACAGGCUCGUAUAACUCGGCCGAAUGUAUAUCUGAGGGAUCUCUGGCGUGGCAUGCGCAGU